GCUCUGGCCCCGUCCCUCAGCGCUGGCUCUCGGUGCCCUCCGGCGCUGCGAGCCCAGCGCACCCCCCGCAGAGAAACCGCUCCGAGCCCGAGGGAACCCCCCGAACCUCCCCCGCCCCGGCGCGGUCCCAGCCGGCUCUUUGCCCCCUCCCGGCCGGCAGGAGCCGCUGCGGGCGCGGCGCGGCGAUGAGCGAGGCGGAGGGCGGCUCGGCCGCCGCCGUGGAGAAGCCGCCGCUGCCCGCGGCCGGGCCCGGGGCGGCCGCGGCGGUCGCUGCCGCUGUUGCGGCCGCGGCGGCGGCGGCGGCCGGGCCGGAGCCCGGCGCUCCGGCCGAGGAGGCGGCGGUGGUAUGGAGCCCGGAGGUGGAGGUCUGCCUGUUCCACGCCAUGCUGGGCCACAAGCCCGUAGGUGUGAAUCGCCAUUUCCACAUGAUUUGCAUCCGGGAUAAAUUCAGCCAGAAUAUCGGACGGCAGAUUUCAUCCAAGGUGAUUUGGGACCAUCUGAGCACCAUGUAUGAUAUGCAAGCUCUUCAUGAAUCCGAGAUUCUUCCAUUCCCUAAUAUAGAGAAGAAUUUUGCUCUUCCUGAUGAGAUGAUUCAAGAAGUGAGAGAAGGAAAAGUAAUGAUGGAAGAAGAAGUGAAAGAGGAAAUUUUAAAAGAAGAGCUGGAAACGCAUGCAGGUCCAGAAGAAGUUUUUGCACCCUCUGGAACUUUAGGAAAAGCAACUGAAAAGCCAAGCAGCAAAGAGAAAGAGAAAACUUCAUCAGAUUCUGGAUCCAAAGAAGGAUCUGAUAAGAGGAAGCGCAACAGAGUCACUGAGAAGGUGUUAAAUGCAAACAGUAACCCUUCCAGUCCCAGCGCCGCCAAACGCCGCAGGACGUAGAGCUGUGAGAGAGGAGUGACAGACUCUGGGAUGGGAGGGGGGAACAGCAAAAACAAGUCACAGGAUAGUUGCUACAGAAACUCUUUGAGGAAGGAAAAGAUACCUGAGCCAGGCGUUUGAAGAAUCCGCACAUCGGCUUUAUACGCGCAAGGCUCUUGGCUGGUGUGUUCCCUGGCUGCCUUCUGGGGGCCUGGGGAGCAGGCUGGGAAUGUGGAGAGUGGGUGUAACAGUGCCAGUGGCUGCAUUCCCAACCAGCAACACGCUCUGUGUCAGCACAGCUCAUGAAACCCGUGCCCAGUGCAACACGGGGCCUUGGAUCAGCAAAAGCAAAGGCGAUUCCUGUAAACCUGGGAUUGUGUUUUCUGCCUUUGUUGCCGUCUGUGAGUGUCACAGACCAUCUGUGGGUAAUGUUUUGGCCAUUUCACUUGCUGCAAACAUAGCACUUGUAUCAAAUGUCUCAAUUUGUUGGUUCAGUACAACUAAAAUUCUUUUAAAUGCAGGUAACUACUGCAUUUAAAGUUGAAGUGUUCUGUUGCUCUGUUGGCUGGAGGAACCUCAUUUGACCCUUAGAGAUGUAAUAUUUUUCAAUCUAAGUUUAUAUGCCAUAAGUGAAGUGAAAAUUGUAAUGCCCCUAGCCAGAGUAAUUAAUAAGUGUCCUAAAUAAAAUAUCUGGAGAUGUCACAUUGUUUUGUAAGGGAUCAGUUGAGCUGUGCAUGAACCUGGAGGUGUUGCUUCAUCCAUUUGUAAUACAGUAAUGUAAAACAGUGGGGUUUGUACUUAAUUAUUUAUUUUUUUAAAGCAGUUUUAGUAGAUGUAAAUGGAAUUGGUUUUCCAAAAUGUUCAUUUUGUUCUACAGCUGAAGAACCUUACUGACAUUGUAAUGCUUAUCUUUUAUAUGCUAGGAUAUUGAGAUUUGAUAAAAUUACUAUUUUUGUGCUGUGAGAAGAUGGACCACAUUCAACAAACACCUGUUACAUGGUGAGUGAAGCAGGUUGAAAUGGUACUGAAUUUGUUUCAUUAUAUUAACUACCAGUUAAUAAAAGGAAGAAUUACUUCUUAAUCUGUCAGUAUUGCCUUCAAGGUGAGGCACUAGGAGUCUACUACUUUUUGCUUUUAUUCUAGGUACGUAGCCAAGUUCUUGUCUGCCUUAUUUUCUUCUCUUGUUUUAUACCAAGAAUAAAUUUGACUUGUUUUUAUUUUACUAAA